AUGGCAUCGGCGAUGGUAGAAGACAGCAACUUUGAAGACGACCAGCUUGCUUCGAUGUCCACUGACGAUAUCGUUAGGGCAUCUCGGCUUCUUGAUAACGAAAUUCGAAUCCUCAAGGAAGAGUUGCAGAGAACGAAUUUAGAAUUGGACUCGUUUAAGGAAAAAAUAAAGGAGAAUCAAGAGAAGAUCAAACUGAACAAGCAGCUUCCUUAUUUAGUCGGCAACAUUGUUGAGAUUUUGGAAAUGAACCCUGAGGAUGAGGCUGAAGAAGAUGGCGCCAAUAUUGAUCUUGACUCUCAAAGGAAGGGUAAAUGUGUUGUACUGAAAACAUCUACACGCCAGACUAUCUUUCUCCCUGUGGUCGGUCUUGUUGAUCCUGAUAAACUAAAGCCUGGUGAUUUAGUUGGAGUGAACAAAGAUAGUUACUUGAUAUUGGACACAUUGCCUUCUGAGUAUGAUUCUCGAGUUAAGGCAAUGGAGGUUGAUGAAAAACCAACUGAAGACUAUAAUGACAUUGGAGGGCUGGAGAAACAG